AAUUGAACUUUGGAAUAGCUCGUUAUUCCACUUGCAGUUCGAAGUUUAGGCUUUGUAUUUACACAAAUUUUUGAAAUAAUGUCUGGCAAAAAUCAAGAUUCUGUAAAGAUCAAGCAACCAAAGGUGAUUCUAUGUGAUAUCGAAGGUACAACUACGGCAAUAACAUUUGUAAAAGAACAACUAUUUCCAUAUGUUCGUGCAAAACUUCGCAAUUAUUUGAUUAAAACCUGGAACACAGACACUACUCGAGAUGAUGUUCGACUUUUAUUUGAACAAUAUCAUAAGGAUUUAAUUGACCAUCAAAUGCUUGGUCACGAAAUCGACAAUAAUGGUACUUUCAACAUUGACGACGUUUGCGUCUAUGUCAAUUGGUUGAUGGAUCAUGAUCGAAAAGUUGGAGCAUUAAAGCAAUUACAGGGACAUAUUUGGGAAAAUGGCUACAAAACUGGACAGAUUCUUGGACAUGUAUACGAAGAUGUUUUUCGAUGUUUUCAUCGAUGGACUUCCGAAUUCAAUGUUAAAAUUGGAAUCUACUCCUCCGGAAGUGUUUUGGCUCAAAAACUUUUGUUUUCUCAUAGUUGUCAUGGAGAUUUGACACCGUUUAUUUCGUAUUAUUUUGAUACAAACAUUGGUCCAAAACAAUCAGCCGAUAGCUAUAGAUUGAUCACCGAAAAAAUUGAUUCAUCUGCCAAUGAAAUUCUUUUCCUUACGGACGUCUCGGAAGAAGCAAAAGCGGCAAAGAAAUCCGGUAUGAUGGCAAUUUUAUUAGAACGUGAUGGCGUCAUUCUCUCUCCAGAUGACAAAUAUGCAUUCAAUUUUAUAACAAGUUUUGAUAAAAUAUUAUUUACUUAAAGUUUUUGGUGAUUAGGUACAAAAUUUCUACAAAUUACUUUAAUAUUAAUUGACUGGUA